AUAUUUUUUGCAAUCCCUGCAUGAUUUCACAUUUUAUCGCAGACUAAUGUUUGCUGAAGGUUCUUGACCAAUAUUUGAACACGUUCCUACCAAGUUGUUUCGGCCUUGCAGCUUAGUUGGGUUUAGUUAGAAUUUGUAAGUUUUGGAAAUAUAAACAUGAGUUCCUCGGUUAUUUUACGAGUUUUAGCGGCCUCGGUCCGAAUCGCCGACAAAUCUGCGUCCCUCGUCCGUGAGAUUAUGUCAUCGGGCGAACUCGGCAUCGUGGACAAGGGCGGACAGAAAAACCUCCAAACGAAAGCGGACACGUCUGUUGAGAAACUCAUCCGAGCGUCUCUACUCUCGUUGUUUCCCAAACUCAACGUCAUCGGGGAGGAAGACGAAGCGUUGGACGCGACUGCUGACGCAAAAGCUGGUUUUGAUGAUGACGUAUUAAAUAAAUCGUCACCGCCUGAGUAUUCCAAACUCACAGAAGACCAGAUAGUUGUUUGGGUGGAUCCACUAGAUGGCACUGCUGAGUUCACUGAAGGUUUGUUGGAUCAUGUGACCAUAUUAAUCGGGUUUGCCGUGAAUGGUGAAGCGAUAGGCGGCGUAAUCAACCAACCUUUCUAUAACUACCAAGCUGGAUCACAGGCGAAACUAGGUCGUACGAUCUGGGGGUUAGUGGGGUUAGGUGCGUUCGGGUGGAACCGUAGCGAGCCCCCAACGGGACGAAGGAUUCUUAUCACCACGAGGUCACACUCCAACGAACUUGUCAACUUAUGUUUAUCAAGUAUGUCGCCCACUGCUGUAGAGAGGCAAGGAGGGGCUGGGAAUAAGGCAUUGCGAGUAAUUGAAGGGGAGGCCGACGCUUACGUGUUUGCGUCACCGGGGUGUAAGAAGUGGGACACGUGCGCACCAGAAGCAAUCCUACGAGCCGUCGGUGGCCAACUAACUGAUGUGCACGGUUCAAAGAUACGAUAUGACAAAGACAUUAAGUUCCCGAACACCGGUGGCGUCAUCGCUACUUACCGUGACCAUCAAACUAUCAUCAACCUCGUGCCACAGAAAGUACGCGAUGAACUGAAGUCAUAAAUAUGUGGUGGCAACAAACAUGGGGGGGUCGGGGUGGGCAAGCACCCCCAAGUCGCUUCAGUUAAUUGUACACCAGUGUCGCCACCCUCCUAAUAAAGGCUUGAUUUCUAUAAUUAUUUGUGCAAUCUAAUUUAUGCAGUCAAUUGUUGCAAAUGAUUCAAUAAUAAACAUUAUUACCAAACU